AUGGCAUUAGGUGUCUGUCCCCUACAAAACCACAAUAAACCCAAAUUUAUGUCUACUAAUAACAAUUAUACCAAAUUCAUUCCUGAGUAUAGGAAGACUUCAUUUAAGGAUAAAGAUAGGUUCACUUCCCAUGAAUUGAAGAAAAGAAAUGUUAAGCAUCAAGUAGAAUUAAGAAAACGUAAAAGAGAUGAAUUGAUAGCACAAAAGAGGGCAUAUGUACCAAAUAUGUCUGAACCUGAAUCAGAUUCUGAUACAGAUUAUUCUCUUUCUCAGGAACAGUCAAUUAUCUUGGAAACUGUAAUGACGAACCAGCUCGAAGAGGUUUUGCCGUUAUAUGUGGAGAAGAUUCAUUCCAAUGAUUUGCAACUCCAAUUGGAAGGCCUUAUAGGUAUUAGGAAACUAAUAUCAAAAAAAAGAAACCAGACUAUUCAAGCAAUAAUUGAUACUGGUAUUAUUCCGAGAUUAAUCAAUUUCUUAGAUAUCAGCAACUCUGAUAUGCUUCAAUUAGAAGCUUCGACCAUAUGUAUGAAAAUCACAACGGGAACAAUCGAACAAACUCAGGCACUGGCAGAAGCAAGUAUCAUGCCAAAUUUAUUAGAUUUAGUACUCCAAUCUAAUGUUAAUAUUCAAAAGCAAGCCUUUAUGAUUAUAGGCAACAUAUGUACCGAUGUUCCCUCAAUACGGAGUUAUAUUUUGGUUAAUGAGGCAAGAAUCCUUAACAUUCUGAAGGUAUUUCAAAAUGACGAUAUAUCAUUAAUACAAAUUGCUGUGUGUGCACUUUGCAAGAUUUUUUGCAAUAUAAAAAAUGUAAAAGUCCCUAUGAGAGCGGUAGAAUUGAUUUUGCCAAUAUUAGUUGACCUAAUAGAUUGUUCAGAACUAGAUAUAAUUGAAGAUGCAUGCUGGACUUUGUCAUAUUUAUUAAAUGUAGAUGGUCUAAUCAAAACAGCUACCUUUCAAAAUCAUUGUAUCAAGAGGUUGUUGAAACUGUUGACGGUUUCAACUAAAGUCACCUUUCAAUUACCGAUUUUGUAUUGUUUAAGAAGAUUCUGUUCAAACUCGAAUUCAAUAGGUGAUCUCUUAAUAAGUGAGGGAUUUUUAUUAAUUAUUAAAUCCCUUCUAAAUCAAAGGAAUGUACAUAGAUUGAUUGAGAAAGAGCUCUGUUCGUUUAUUGCUGAUAUCACUGAAGACAAUGAAGCACAUACUAUGGCUAUCAUCCUAGAAGAUUUAGUACCAGAAUUCACUAAAAUACUAUCAUCUGCUCCGUAUAAAACAAAAACUGAAGUAUGCUUUAUACUGUCCAAUAUAACAAAUAUAGCAGACUCAUCACUGGUUUCUUAUUUAAUUUCAAAUAAUUGCAUUAAAUCUCUUUGCCAAUUCCUUGAAAUUGCUAAUAAUGAAGAUGUUCGAAUCAUAUUAGUUACAUUAAAGAAUAUACUAGAUAUUAUCAAUUCAUCUAGAAUGACAAAUGGCCUUCCUAUGAGCUUAAUUAGUGAACUAAUAACCGACCCUAAAACAAUAUCAGCUUUGUUCAACUGUUCCCAAAGUGACAACGAAGAAAUAUCUACAAGAGCUGUGAAUUUGAUUGAGAAAUACUUCAGUAACAAUUUCUUGGAAGAACUCUAG